UAAAUCAUAGUGAACGAGCAUCCACCGUAGCAGGCCAGCAGCCAUUAACCCUUCGCUCGAUGUCUCUUCUCUCUCUCUCUGAUAAUCUCCCUCUCUCUCUCUCUUCGAUAAUCUCUCCCUCUCUCUCUAAAAAUUUGAGAGAGUGAUCAUUGCCAAGAAGCUGUUCCCUUGUGGUAAGAUUAACGAGGGACCCUAUAUCGUUCUUCUUCUGAAAAAACAGAACUGCCGAACGAGCCAAUGAAGAAGCUCCUCAAGAAAACUCAUUUCAUACGCCAAAAAUGCCUUUUAAUGCACUGUAAAAUCCUAGAAACCAGGCCUUUUUGUACCCAUUCCUCAAUAGAAGCAACCCAAGAAGACCAUGACAUUCCCGAAAAGCUCUGCAAUUUGUUGGAAGACCAUAAUUGGGAGUUUCUCAUUGAUAGUUCUGAUCUCCGUCACAAGCUCAAGCCUAAUCUGAUACAUAAAACUUUGUUGCAAAACCAGGUAACUGAUCCCAAACGCCUGCUCAAUUUCUUUAAUUGGUCAGAGAAACAAAUGGGUGCUUCACAAACUCUAGAUUCAUUCUCAUUUUUAGCUGUAACUCUCUGUAACUCUCAGCUUUUUGGGCUUGCUGGUGGUGUGUUAGAGCGCAUGAUUAGGGCUUAUUCUUCGCCUGAGAAAUUGGGUAAAGGGGAGAUUGUGAAAUCAAUCACUAAUGGAUUUCAUCAAUGCGGGAGUGAUUCGAAUCCGGUGGUUUUUGAUGUGCUUAUUGAUGUAUAUGUGAAGAUGGGUAUGCUUGAAGAAGCUUCAAAUGCUUUAUUUUCGAUGAAAAACAUGGGUUUUAGACCUAAUUUGCGACGCACCAACUCAAUUUUGAAUGCUUUGCUUAAAAAGGAUAAGAUGGGUUUGUUUUGGAAGGUCUAUAAUGGCCUGUUUCCGGGUGAAUUUUCACCUGAUGUGUAUACUUAUAGCACCUUACUUCGUGCUCACCUCAACAGUCGAGAGAUAGAGAAGGCAAAAGAGAUUUUAUCUGAGAUGGAGAAGAAGGGAUGUGCCCCAAAUGCCAUAACUUAUAACACCCUUAUAAUGGGUCUUUGCAAAGCUGGUUCUCUAUCUGAAGCUUUUGAAUUGAAGAAGAAAAUGGCCCAAAAAGGAUUGAUUGCUGAUGGGUUCACUUAUGGUGCUCUUGUACAUGGUCUAUGCAAGGAGAAAAGGACUGAAGAGGCAAAACGGGUUAUCACUGAAAUGCUUGAGAAUGGACUAAAGCCUGACUGUUACAUUUACAGUAGUUUGAUUGAUGGUUUGGUGAGAGUAGAAGAAAUUGAAGAGGCUUUCAGUGUAAAAGAUAAGAUGGUGGCGUCGGGUAUUCAGCCCAGUGCUAUAACAUAUAACAUGCUUAUUCGUGGGGUAUGCAAAAAGGGUAUGGUGAAAGAAGCUGAUAAGCUCUUGGAUGAGAUGGUGAGGAUGGGUUAUACCCCAGAUUCCAUGGCUUAUACUUCAGUUAUUGAAGGCCAUUGUAAGAAUCAGAAUUUGGCCGGAGCUUUCGAUCUUCUUGCCAAGAUGAAGCAAAGAAGAGUGAAGCCAUCUGUGGUAACUUACAGCAUUUUGAUAAAUGGGUUGUGUAGAUCGGGGGAUUUACAGAGAUGUAAUGGUGUAUUGGAGGAAAUGUCAAAGGAAAAUGUGAAGCCAAAUGCUGUUAUUUGUGCUACUCUUAUUACAGCUCACUGCAAGGAAGGGAAUGUCGAAUUGGGAUGUGAGAUUUUAGAUGGUAUGGCAGGGACAGGUGUGCCUCCGGAUGUCUUUUGCUACAAUACCCUUAUUAGUGGCCUUUGCAGGGCAGGGAAGAUUGACAAGGCAAAGUCAUACUACCAAAAAAUGAUUGGUGAAGGGUUAGAGCCUACUGCUUUUACAUAUGGGUCUUUCAUCCAUGGUCAUUGCAAGGCUGGGCAGAUGGGUGAUGCUCUUGUAUUCUUCAAUGAGAUGCUCGAUCAAGGUUUACUUCCAAAUGAUGUUAUAUACACCACCGUUAUUAAUGGACACUGUGAAGCUGGAAACACAGAGGAAGCAUUUUCUACUUUUCGUGCUAUGUUGGGCCGAGGUGUGAUCCCAGAUGUGAGGGCUUACACUGUGCUUGUUAAUGGCCUCGCAAAGGCUGGAAAGAUGGAGGAGGCUCUUGGGGUUCUAUUUGAGAUGCACAGUAAGGAUCUGACUGCUGAUGUUUUCACUUAUACGGCUUUGAUCUCAGGGUUUUGCAAGAUGGGUGAGAUCGCUAAGGCUCUUUUAUACCUUGAAGAGAUGCUUGAAAAGAAGAUAGAGCCGAACAUAUCUACCUAUAAUGUUGUCCUUAAUGGGCUUUGGAAGUCUGGUGACAUUGAGAGGGCCAAAGACAUGUUUAGAAUAAUCUUUGCAAAGGGUCUAACACCAACUGCUGUGACCUAUACCAUAAUGAUCGUUGGGCAUUGCGAUUCGGGGGAUGCAAAAGAGGCACUCAGGCUUUAUGAUGAGAUGAUACAACAUGGGAUAGUGCCUGAUAGCUUUGCUUACAAUGCUCUCAUUGAUGCUCAUUGCAAGGAAGGAAACAUGACAAAAGCUCUUGACCUGUUCAAAGAAAUGGUGGAAAAGGGCCACUCAGUGGCCGUGCUUUCUUUUAAUACUUUGAUCGACGGGUUUUGCAAAAUGGGGAAGCUCCAAGAAGCCGACCGAUUAAUGAAAGGUAUGGUAGAUAACCAUGUUAUGCCCAAUCAUGUCACAUACACAACAAUGAUAGAUGGCCAUUGCAAGGCGGGCAAUAUAAAGCAGGCCCAUCGCUUGUUUGGGGAGAUGCAAGAGAGAGAGGUAUUUCCAAAUGCAAUCACUUAUACAUCACUUAUUAAUGGGCAUUGUCAGGAAGGGGAUAUGGGAGAGGCUUUGAGGUUAUUUGAGGAGAUGGUAGCAAGGGCCAUCAAGCCUGAUGAAGUUACUUAUGGUGUGCUCAUCCAUUCUCUUUGCAAAGAAGGAAAUUUGAUUGAGGCCUUCAAGCUGGGAAAUGGAGCUCUAGACAAUGGAGUGUCAAUAAGUCUUGCUAUGUAUAAUGAACUUAUAGGUGCACUCUGCAAAAAGGGCGAUCUUGGGGAAGCUUUGAAAUUGCUUGAUGAGAUGAGGAGGCAAGGGACAAAGGCUGAUAAUGCUACUUAUAGUACUUUGAUCCAUUCCUCCUGUGAAAUUGGUAAUUUGGAUGGAGCCACUACGCUACUGCAGAAUAUGAUGGAUGAUGGGCUGGCCCCAAGUAAUGAAACUUUGAGCGCCUUGAUUAAGGCACAUGAGAAAGUAGGCAAUGCUCAUAUAGCCGAUGAUCUUAGAAAGCAAGUAAGAGAGGAAGAAGUAAUCCUAGAAGCUAGUAAUCCUUAAUAUGGAAGAGCCAUAAUUAUGUGCUCAUCAGUCUGCAUGGUGGGGAAAGAUGUAGUCAUUCAAAGGAAAUAUGGCAAGCAAUUAAAGACCAUUUCGGGUGGUGAUUCAAAGUUGGAGAUUACUUGCAUUAGACCAUCACUACUCUGAUUGAAACAGGUAUCUUCUUAUGAAAUAUGGGAAUACUUGAUUUCUUUUGUAUCAAUAUCGAUUGGUUUGGACUGCUCUUUCUGCUUCUUAUGUUGAACUCGACAUACUAAAGAGCUAUGUGAAGGACCGGGCUAUUGCUGUUUGGGAUUUCUUUCCUUUUCGUAUCUUUUAAAUGCAUUGGAUGAGCUAAUUAGCUAUCACAAGUCUGGCCUUAACUAUUCUUCUAGGACGACUGGAGCAUAUGUUUGCUAGUUAGAUGUAUUUGAUGCUGGGCAUGCUUUGAAGCUUCUGAAAUCAAGAAAAGCUCCCAGGAAAAUUCCAUAAUUGUAAAGCAUAACUGAGUGCGCAUGACCAUAUACUAUGGCAUUUUGUUUGUUAUGUUAUUUUCUAUGAUUGGGGAGAAAGAGUUACAUGUAUUAUGAAGGUUUAACA